AGACAUCGACGCUGUCUACUGUAACUUACGUUGACACCAUUAACCUUUAUUAAAACGUCGUCGUCACCAAAGCUUAUACUUUAUCCCAGGAAAUAUGUCAGUCACCCCAGAUCUGAUUCGUGAAAAACUGAUUGCGGAGAUUGGUGCGAUACACGUGGAUGUAGAAGACACGUCUCCCAAUAGAUGUGCUGCCAGUUUUAAAGUUCUUGUUGUAUCCCCUCAGUUUGAAGGAAAAGCAUUGUUGCAGAGACACAGGCUGGUGAAUAAUUGCCUUGCCGAGGAGCUGAAAGAGAUCCAUGCAUUCGAGCAGAAAACGUUGACACCAGAGCAGUGGGAGAAACAGAAACCACAAUGACACGUACAGACACGCUCAAAACUCAUUCACGGAGCCAUCAAAUAAAACAGCAGGGACUUUUUUAUUUGUUGAUACUUCCAUUAUUCCCCUCAAAGUAGAAUCAUACCAAUGUAAUGGAAAUCAGUUGAUUUGUAUUUAUAAAGUGAUUAGGCUAUGCUUCAAAUUUUUGUCACUAAUGCAAAACAUUAUGUGCUAUACAAGGGAUCUUUGAAAUGUAGUUUGCUGACAAUAAAGAACAUUUCUGAACAGAA